UGGUUUGUUUAUCUUGAUUCUGGAAGAGAUUUGCCGUUCCUUGCUGUAACCGGCGGAGUUGAGUACACCUGCCCGGAAAAGAUGACUACUCACUUCACCAAUGUGCUGCGGCAGGCCUUCAAGACGUUCGACCGUGCGAAUCACGCCAGCUUCAAUGCGAACCUGCAGCAUUUGCGCCAGUUGACCGAUGAGCUGACCUACCGGGACUUGCACCUGCGCGAGGAACUCUUCCGGAGCGUGGCCAGCCACCGGGCACCCUGCAGCUACAUGCACAUCUUCGAGGACGACCGCUUCUCCAUGAGCCUGUUCAUUGUGCGCGGAGCGAGUGUGAUUCCCCUGCAUGACCACCCCAUGAUGUUUGGCCUGCUGCGCUGCAUUUGGGGCCAGUUAAGGGUGGAUAGCUUCUCACAACAACUGGGGCCAGAUGAGCCGCUGACCUACGACCCGCAUCCCUCGGUGGUGAAAGUGAAAACCGAGGAACCCAGCUUGGUAUCGCCCGCAAGUCCGUGUGCCACCCUGACGCCGCGGAAGAGGAACUACCAUCAGAUUGCUCAGUUUGGCAAUGGCGUGGCGGCUUUCUUUGACAUCCUCAGUCCGCCUUACGAUGCGGACAUGCCCACAUAUGGUCCGCGACAGUGCCGCUUCUAUCGCGCCAAGGUGGAUGCCGGCCAGGUGCAGCUGCACUGCAUCCCCUCGCCGGAUACGUACUACUGCGACGUGGUCGACACGCCCGAAUCCGUGGUGCAGGCCGCUUUUCAGUGCGCCGAUGAGGUCUAUGCCGAAAAUGCCACCGGGACACAGUGAAUCCAUGCAGCUAAUACCCUCCUAUUUAUUCGCCCAUCAUCACCCGUUGGCUGCCCGUAUCAGCCAAGUAUCUUCUGUGUUAUUUAAAUAAAAUUGCCUCCUUUUUUUUGUAGAA